UCAACCCCAAGUCUUCAACGAGAAGAGAGAGAAACAAAAAUACAGACAGAGAAAGAGAAAGAGAAAGAGAAAGAGAGAAAGGAAAAUUUCAUUGUGAGGAAAAUAAAAACGCAAACCCUAACAAAGCGAGAAAGUAAUUCUUCUCUUUCUCUCUUUUCUUCUUCUUUUAUUAUUUCAAUUGCAUUUCAAGAUCUCAAUUCUUCAAUAAAGGGACUGGUUCUGCUUUGUUUAUGGCGAAUUCCAAGGGAUCACCAAAUGUUAGAAAUUUGAUGUACUCUGGAAAGCAUGCUUUGCUUCCUCCAAAAAUUCCGUUUCCUAGCGUUUCCCCAUCGUAUGUUGACUAUGUUCCUAGCAAUGUAAUUGGAUCAAAAGCUGUUCAAAGGCCCAGGGAGGGAAAUGCUCAUCACCAACGGACAUCCUCUGAGACACUUCUCAUAGAGGAGCAACCUUCUUGGCUUGAUGAUCUCCUUAAUGAGCCAGAGACUCCUGUUCGUCGAGGAGGUCAUCGGCGUUCAUCCAGCGACUCCUUUGCAUAUAUAGAUGUAGCUAAUGUUUCUAACAUUGAUUAUUCAACACAAGAUGAUUACAGAUACAAAAAUAUGAUGUCGGUACUACCUUCUUGGGGACCCCAAGACUAUGAUUAUCACAAAGAUGCUAGGCAAGUCUCUCUCUGUGCUGAUGUGAACAUGUCCAAACAAAAGAAUAGGACUUGGGAAUCCUCAUUAAAUCCUGCAGCACGUCAGAGUGGGCUUCCUUCUUCGAGGGAGAAUGCUGUUUCACAGAGCUCAGUAUCAUCAUGUGCUCUACAGGAAGCAGAUGGGAUUCAAUCUUCACUAAGUGAAAAGCAAGAUUCAGCUGAAUCUGGUCCACAUGAUUCAAAAGCUUCAUCUGACAGAAAAGAUGGCUGUCAUGCUAAGUCUUCAGUAUCAGAGACUGAUACAAAACGUGCUAAACAGCAAUUUGCUCAACGUUCCCGGGUUAGGAAACUUCAGUACAUAGCUGAGCUGGAAAGAAAUGUACAAGCUUUACAGGCAGAAGGAUCUGAAGUUUCAGCUGAGGUUGAAUUUCUCAACCAGCAAAAUCUUAUCCUGAACAUGGAGAAUAAAGCCCUUAAGCAACGUUUAGAAAGCUUAGCUCAGGAGCAACUUAUUAAAUAUUUGGAGCAUGAAGUUUUGGAGAGAGAGAUUGGAAGGCUAAGAGCCUUGUAUAAGCAGCAGCAGCAGCCGCAACAACCUCAACAACAACAGCAACCAUCUUCCAGCCAUCGCCGAACUAACAGCAGGGACCUUGAAUCCCAGUUUGGAAAUCUCUCCUUGAAACAUAAGGAUGCCAGUCCUGGCCGUGAUCCUGUAACAGGUCCACUCCGUACUUAGAUAUAUGAUUUAACCAGAGACUUGUGCCACCAUUUUACCUUAGUUGGGCUGCCACAUUAACCAUCAUUAUUUUCUCAUGGAGUGGGAUAAAGGUCGCGCUUGUCCAGUCUUCAUCCUAUCUCUCUACCUGAUUUCCACAAUUUGUUUUUCUGUCUUCUGUUUCUUGCUCCCCUUUCAUUUGAUAAAAAGAAAUUAAUAUCUUUAUGUGCACCUGGUAGUCAUUGCUGGAAAAUUAUGUUUUCAGACAAAAUGACUCACCGGAGGUGGUAACUUGAAAAAAAAAAGAGGUUCCAUGUUUCAGAUCCUCUCUGUAUGUUCAGGAAAAAUUUGUGUUCUCCACUUGUCAUCCAUUUAGAGUACCACUUUGUGGGAUUGAUUGUAGUGCAGGAUGUUUAGGGCAAUGUUGGAUAUGCAGUAAUUUGUAAUGACAUUAUUCGGGGGAAAUGCUCUCUUGUAAAAUCUGUUUAAUGAAAUUUGCACUGAAUCCUUCUUCAAUGGUUGAUGAAGGAUAAAUUCA